AUGCGGUUCGUGGAUUCAUCAGUUUCGCUUCUCGCCACUUGCGGCAGCGACACCGUCAAGCUCUUCGACGUCACGGUGGAUGUCGGCGAUCCCUACACCCUCAGCUACACGCUUUCCCCCGGAUCUCAAAUCAACUCCGUCAAGUGGAACCACACCAACCUAGUGGUUGCUAGUGCUGGUGACGAUAAAAAGAUAUCACUUUGGAAUAAAAAUGGCCAAAGUAUGGGAUCCUUUCCUUCUCACGGCAGCGACCUUGCUGAUGACAUUGAGGAAUCGAAGACCCAGCUUCUCAUUUGGUGUCAUGCUAAAAAUAUUCAUUCUUGCUAUGUUGGGUAUAACAAUUCAGCAAAAUGUAUACUACGUUGGACUCCAUCUCAUUUCUCCAACUGUUGCCAGUGCCUUGGGCAAUGUCAUUCCUGCUUUUACUUUCUUAUUGGCAAUUGUACUGAGGAUGGAAAAGCUCAACUUGAAGACUGUAAGAGGGAGGGCCAAGCUUGCAGGGGCCAUCUUCUGCAUCACUGGUGCCCUGAUCUUCACAUUUUGGAAAGGUCAUUUUGUUGGGGGCCUUUGUUACUUCACCUAUGAUCCAACUUCAUUUCGAAAGUCCUGAGAAA